AUGGUAACAUCGAUGAACUUUGGUCAGUCUCCAUAUCCUCUUUCCGUAUCAAACCAGUCAGCUCAUUAUCACCAACGUGAUCCAAAUACAUUGGACAAUGAUCUUCAGUUAUCAUGUGAAAUUGUGAAUAGCGAGUCUUCGCAGGAACAUCAGGGAUUCUUCUCACAAAGUGCCGUCUAUUCUAAUGUAAAAUCACUGUCUUUUAGUCCAAAUGACCCAUCUACUAAUCGUAUGACUGAACCUGAUGUAGUUGAACAGCUUUUAGAUUCGACAAAUGCUCCGAAUAUAGUUUUGGACCAGAUUCUGUGUGAACCGAUUGAACCAAAUAAAGAUGAUGAAGUUAGAGUUGAAACAUCCACAUUGUCUACUGCAACUGUGAAUACCUCUCAAAUCUCUCCUUUGAAUUCCAAAGUUCUGUCCAAUAAUGUAAAAAGUUCUGUAUCUGGAGCAAAUAUGUCAAUUAACAUUGUACAUACUAGCAACAUGCUCUCAGAGACUGAUGCAUUCUUAUCCGAUUUACAAGAAAUCCUGGAACGUGACAUGCCCAUGCUGACAUCUUCAACACCUAAGGGUCUUGAUUCUAUAACUCCUUCGUUUUCCACCUCUUCUCAAAUUGGAAUAUUGGAAUGUGCGUUUUCCAUACUUGUCAAUUGA